AUGGAGUUGGGUGAGCUGCUCUACAACAAGUCUGAGUAUAUCAAGACGGCAUCUGGGAACAAAGCCAGUCUCCAGUCAGUGUUGUGUGGAAGCCAGAACAUAGUUCUCAAUGGCAAGACCAUUGUGAUGAAAGACUGUGUUAUCCGAGGGGUUCUGGAAAACGUAAGAAUUGGACACCAUUGUGUUGUGAAAAGUUGUAGUGUCAUAAGGCCACCAUUCAAGAAAUUCAGCAAGGGUGUUGAAUUCUUUCCUUUACAUAUUGGGGACCAUGUCUUUAUUGAGGAAGAGUGUGUGGUCAACGCAGCUCAGAUUGGUUAUUGCAUUCAUGUGGGCAAGAACUGUGUGAUAGGGUGCCGGUGUUUGUUGAAAGACUGCUGCAAAAUUCUUGACAACACAGCAUUACCUCCAGAAACUGUGGUCCCACCAUUCACUGUCUUCUCAGGCUGCCCAGGAUGCUUCUCCGGAGAGCUCCUGGAGUGCACUCAGGAGCUGAUGAUUGAUGUCACCAAGAGCUACUAUCAGAAGUUUUUGCCCCUGACACAGGUCUAG